UUGAUAUUAAUCCGAGGGAAACAAGAAUCAUCAACUCACAAGUCCACGCUUAGUACCAUUAAGGUGAACAGGAGGUACACUAGCUGUAGAACCACGAACAGAUGCCAUUUCUCCUGCAGGCAGAUCACAUGGACCAUUCUCAGGGCUAUCGAUGUCCACGAAAAGGCUAACGCUCCGAUGCAGUUCGACAGGUACUACUGGAAUGAACAACAAAAACUAUUCUGA